AUGUACGCUUGUUUGAACUGUGGCAAGGGUCUUAACAAUGUUGGACAAGUCAUGGGUCCAUUUAUAGUUGAUUCUGUAUAUGAGAGAGGUGCGAGGAGUUUUGUCAAUGAUGUUACUGCUAAGUUAGGAGUUAAUGGGAAGAUUGUAUGUCCAUGCGCCCGAUGCCGUAAUCUAAAUCGCCAUACAAGUGAGGAGGUUGUCUCUCAUUUGGUUAUAAAUGGAAUGGAUGAUGCCUACAAGGUACGCUCGGAUUGGUUUCACCAUGGAGAUGGUAACUCAGUUGAUGUGGUGGGAGUUAAAGAUAUAUGCUGGAAUGCUGAGAUCCUUAGAUUAUAUGAAGCCGCAAACUGCUUAGAUGACGAUUUAGCCAUUAGGGGGUCAGAGUUACGUGAGUCAGUUGAGGGUGAGGAUAGGAAAGAAGAUGAGUUUUUAGCAAAACUUGCAGAGGCUGAAACCCCCUUGUAUCCGACGUGUUCGAGUCAUAGCAAGCUAUCAGCUGUAGUUUCAUUGUUCAGGAUUAAGUCUCAGAAUGGGUGGUCAGACAAGAGUUUUGAUGACUUACUGCAAACAUUGCCGAACAUAAAGAAGCUCACGACGGCUGAGAGUUACCCAAAAUGCAAGGCGUCUAGAUGGAAGACCAACAUGCAUACUGGUGAAAUCAAGAAGGGUGUUCCACAGAAGGUUUUGAGAUACUUUCCAGUCAUACCUCGCCUGAAAAGGAUGUUCAGAUCGGAGCAACUUGCAAUGGAUUUACGAUGGCAUUUCAAUAACAAGAGCACAGAUGGGAAACUGCGCCAUCCAGUAGAUUCAGUUACUUGGCAGUCAAUGAAUGACAAGUAUCCGGCGUUCGGAGCGGAGGAGAGGAACUUGCGACUUGGGCUUUCAACAGAUGGGUUUAAUCCCUUCAGUAUGAAGAACAGCCGAUACAGUUGUUGGCCUGUGUUACUGGUGAAUUACAACAUGGCUCCUCACCUAUGUAUGAAGGAGGAGAACAUAAUGCUCACUCUGCUGAUUCCAGGACCCCAUCAACCGGGUAAUAGUAUAGAUGUUUACUUAGGACCUCUGAUAGAAGAUUUAAAACAUCUGUGGUGCAAAGGCGAGUUAACAUACGAUGCAGUUAGUAAGACAACCUUUAAUCUUAAGGCAAUGCUUCUUUGGACUAUUAGUGAUUUCCCGGCAUACGGGAAUCUUGCUGGUUGUAAAGUGAAGGGUAAAAUGGGUUGUCCUAUAUGCGGGAAGCACACAGAUAGUUUGUGGCUGAGUAAUAGUAGGAAAUUCGAGCUCCCUAUUCGACAUAAUCUAGACGUUAUGCAUGUGGAGAGGAAUGUGGCUGCAAGCUUGAUUGCCACAUUGUUACAUUGUGGCAAUUCAAAGGAUGGUCUAAAGGCUAGAAAGGAUCUUGAAAGUCUUGGUAUCAGGAAGGAUUUGCAUCCCAAAGCUCAGGGUAAAAGGACAUUACUCCCAGCAGCUCCAUGGUCUUUGUCAAAGUCAGAGAAACACACAUUCUGUAAGCGUCUGUUUGAUUUUAAAGGACCUGAUGGCUACUGUGCUAAUAUAUCUAGUUGUAUAUCAUUAGAGGAGUGUAAGGUGAUGGGACUCAAAUCUCAUGAUUACCACGUCCUAAUGCAACAACUGCUGCCAGUAGCAAUUAGGGGCUUACUACGGAAGGGUCCUAGGGUCGCCAUUUUCCGCUUAUGCGCUUUCUUCAACCUUCUAUGCCAACGAGAACUUGACGUGGAACAACUCCAGCGAAUAGAAACUGAAAUUGUGGAGACUCUUUGCAUUUUUGAAAGAUUUUGGCCACCUAGUUUCUUCGACAUCAUGGUUCACUUGUGUGUGCAUCUAGGCAGAGAAGCACGACUUGGUGGUCCUGUCCAUUUCCGAUGGAUGUAUCCUUUUGAAAGGUACAUGAAAGUUUUGAAAGACUAUGUAAGAAACACAGCAAGACCAGAGGGGUGUAUAGCUGAGUCUUAUCUUGCAGACGAGUGCAUGAAGUUCUGCUCGGCUUUCUUGAAGACUACAACUAAUGUAGAAGAAAAAGCGGAUAGAAACACUGAGUACGAGAGCCAUUCCAUCCUUGAAGGUCGUCCUAUAUCAGCUGCCCGCUCAUUCCAAUUUUCAGAUACAGAGUUGAAAAUAGCUCAUCUUGCUGUAAUACAAAACACGGCUAUGGUGGAUCCAUAUGUUGAUGCUCAUUUGCAACAUCUACAAGACUCAAAUAGUAGAUGUCAACGGGAUGCAACUUAUUUAUGGCGUAUGCAUACUGAAAAAUUCGCGGCGUGGCUAAAGCAACAGAAACCUAUUGAUUCAGCUGAUGAGGAAGAGACACUAAAGUGGCUGGCUUAUGGUCCUCGUAGUAUAGCCAGAUCUUACACAGGCUACAUUGUGAAUGGGCUACGGUUUCAUACGAAAGCAGUGCAUAGGCUAAGUCAGAAUAGUGGGGUUUACACUACAAGAAAUUAG